AUGUCUAACCCUGACUACUCAUUGUACAAAUACUUUGUCAAGAUGACCGAGGACUUCAUCUCUCGUCUACCAGGCAUUGUACAAGGUUGUUUUCAUAGAGUAAUCAACAAUGAAACCUAUGGUACUCCAAACACCCCAAAAGAUGGUCAACUACUGAAGUUCACCAUCAUGGAUGAUGAGGAGCAGAUCAUUACACCCUUGUCUAUCAUGGUUGAAUGUGUUAGUGCACUCUACAAAGCAAUGCAUGGUCUCAGCCUGUUUGCUAACCAAAUUGAGCUUGGCAAACACAUGCAAGCCAAAAUAAGCUCAUUCAUUGCCAACAAAGAGUGGGAUGCAAACCACAUCCUUGACCCUGUGUACGAGCACCCAAUGGACUUUGAAGCUGCUGCUCUGGAACGGGAGCUCAACGCAGCAUCGUCCGAAGGAGGAAAUGUCAUACAGGGCUCAACAAUGGACAAUUCUUCCGAUCUGGAAGAGGAGCUUGAUGUGGCAUCAUCUGAGGGGGGAAAUGUCAUGCAGGACUCAAAGAUGGACGAAGCCUCUGAUGUAGCGCAAACGUUGACCACAACAAGCAAGCUCAAUGUCGCUCCGACCGCAAGAGAGUCCAUAUUUGACCCGACUGCUGCAGCAAUCAUCACUGGUCCGAGCUUUGUCGAUGCUGCGGCUGCUCAUCAUGGACUUCCCACCUCUUCGUCAGCUGCCUCCCAUCCCACUAGCAUAGAUGGAAGUUUCAACAUCAAGAUCAAUGAUGAGCAACCUCUUCCCAAGCCACCGGAAGGCACAUCUGUUGAUGUUUCGGAAGCACUCAUGAUGGAUAGCAACAAACCCAAUGGCAGCAACUAUAAUUGCAUCGAGGAUAUGUAUGAUACAAGCAAGUCUGUGUUGAGCAAAGCACUUUGCAGCACUCAUGAGACAUAUGGCAACGGCGAGAUGGAUUACCACCUCUACACUGACAUUGCCACCAUGGACAAGCCCUGCAAGUCCUGUUUCCAAACAAUCAUUGGAGGAGCCAUCAAGAUCUUUGUGGAUGCCAAGGGUGACAUCCUUCAUGGCCUACAGGUCAUUGAAGUUGCUUGCAGUACCACCAGCACUCUCAUGGAAGAGUGUAUUGAGGUCUCGGAGAACAUGGACACCUAUGCUUGUCAUGAGUGUCUUGGCAUCACCACUGCCAUCGUUCCCUUCAACUUCUCCACCAUGAUUCCACUCUGGUCUAUCCCCAUGGCUACCAUCACCAGUAGCACCCUCAUCCUCAAGCCUUCCGAGCGAGUCCCCGGCAUCUCUAUGAUCAUUGCAGAGUGCUGCGAACCUGCAGGAAUGCCCAAGGGUGUACUCAAUCUUGUCAAUAGCACUGUCGAUGUCGUCAACGAUAUCUGCGAUGACCCUCGCAACAAAGAUGUUUCUUGUGCUGCUGCGCAGUCGCGAGAUGAGGUUGUGAAUCGAUGGUAUUCUAGAAGGAAGCGAGGUUUAGCGACGAGGAGAGUGAUAUCUCGUCUGACCACAAACAUCCCGGCUGAGAGACCGAGAUGA